CAGUGCCAAUUCAUUCCCCAUAACCCAAAAACAAAUUGUACCAACCGCCCCUGUCUUUUCGAGCCCAUCUGCAAAGAUUCCAAAAGCAAACUCCUCACCCCACAAAAAUGCACUAGUGCGUGUAUUAUCUUCACGUUCUUGUCGAUUUCAAGGUUAUCCGUUGGAAAUUCGCAUUAACUUCUCCUUCUCCUGUAAUAAUCCGUUUUUCCGGCAUCAGGGAUAGUGUAAUUUUUGGAAAAAGAAACGAUUUUUACAUAUGAAAUUCGGGAAAGAAUUUGGGAUCCAUUUAGGAGAAACACUGCCGGAAUGGAGGGACAAGUAUUUGUGUUACAAGCCUCUAAAAAAGCUCCUAAAGAAUAUCCCGGCAGCCGAUCUGCCGAAGGACGGAGAUGGGUUGGCGGCGCCCCUGCCGUCAGCCGAGCUCCAUGACUGGUUUGUUGGAAUUCUUAACGAAGAACUCGAAAAAUUCAACAAUUUCUACGUCGAUAAAGAGGAAGAAUUCAUCAUCCGCUUCCAGGAGUUGAAGGGAAGAAUUGAACGAGUGAAGGAAAAAGGCAGUAGAGACAGAGUCUUCAGAUCAGAUACUGAAUUUAGUGAAGAGAUGAUGGAUAUACGUAAAGAUUUUGUUGCCAUUCAUGGGGAAAUGGUUCUUCUGAAAAAUUACAGCUCUCUGAAUUUUGCUGGUCUUCUUAAGAUUUUGAAGAAAUAUGAUAAAAGAACCGGGGGAUUGCUACGCCUACCUUUUACACAGCUUGCUGUUCAUCAGCCCUUCUUCACGACCGAACCUCUCACGCGAUUAGUUCGUGAGUGCGAGGAAAAUCUUGAGCUCCUCUUCCCACUAGAAGCUGAGGUUGUUGAGUCGACUGCCGUUGCACAAGAUCAGAUAGACACAGUUCCUAGUAACCCUUCAAGUGAUUGCCUCGAUACAACCUUUUCCCUCGGAGAGGAGACGGUAGAUAUAUACCGGAGCACCCUUGCUGCAAUGAAAGCUAUAAAGGGCCUUAAAAAGGCGAGCUCUACCUGUAAUCCAUUUUCAGCCAUUGGUCGAGCAAACUUCUACCAUAUGAGAGUAAUCUUUUUCACCGAUCAAGGCCGUAAUGUGGCCAGAAACAAGAAAUUAAGCUUCAACCCAUCUUUUCAAGGUGGAACAAAACUUUAUGAGACUUCAGAAGCCAAGGAAAAGAAGAAAAGUUUAAAAGAUGUAAUUCUCCUCCCUGUAAACCUCUCUUUACUAUGUGUGGACAACUCCCGAAGCCAUAACUUUACUUCUACAAGACAACUGCCUUCCAACAAAAAUGUUGCCUUUCAGUUGCCACAGGGAUUCAAAUCUCUAAUGCUCCGUAUAGAACCUUCUUGCUUUACCACUGCGUCAUGCCCGUGGAGGCAGAUGGGGUAUGAAUUUGAUGGUAUUCUACCAGUUGCUUCCAAGCAAUCAAAACAAAGUUCCCAGGCAAUGAGGCCAGCCAUUUUCAGCACAUAG